AUGACAAACAACAGACGGUUUGUCAAUCACAUCAUUCGAAAUGUCGUCCAGCAAAACAGCAUUCCAGACGGCACGAUGCCCUCUCCAGAGGCCCAGUUCACAUUGACCAAGUACUUUGAUGAUGCCAACACUGUUGAUCUUGUGUUCAUCAAUAUGAUGGACAGAGUCAACAGCGAGAAGACACACUUUGAACCAGUACUGUCAAGGAUACUCAAGUUGAUCAAGAACAAUAUAUCAUUGCAUCCACCAUCACUGCAGAUACUUCUGGAUUUGGACGCGUUUUGCAUUUGCAGCGCGCCACUGGUCAGCGCCACACUGCAAAAGACAAUAACCUACAUCCGCGCACUCAUUGCCAAUCAGGUGCGCCAGCAUCCCAGCUAUAUCAUACAUCAGCAGCACCAGCUUGGCGUUGGAAACAGCGGGCUGAUGCCCAAUGGCAGCGGUCAUGGAUCGUCCAUGUCGAUGCGCCGCUCCAGCAUUGGCCUAGUGCGCACGCGAAGCCAGUCGGCGUCCACCUCGUCCACCACAUCCAGGGACGACCAAAGCCCUCUUCAGCCACGCACUUCACUCGACCUGAGCAACAUGCUAUCGAUAUCAAAUCAGCAACCGCAACACAACCCAGCAAUGUCAGUGUCGUCGUCCACAUCGACGUCAUCGUCGCCAUCGCCGCAGUCGGUUGCCGACUCGCCCAUUCGCAUCACACUCAACAACUCGCAGUCGUCCACCGUGUCGACGCCACUCUCUCCCAACCUAAUGUCAGCGAUCACCAACUCGCCGGGACAGGGCGAUCCGACCGCCGCAGCCAUUGGCAUUUCGGCGUCGGUGUCGGGCAACUCGAUCGCCCACAUCACUCUGAAGGACAGCGGCGCGACUGCUCUCAACAAUGCCACAAUCACUCAUCCCUUCUCGUCGAGCAAUGGAAUGGCAUCGUCUGGCAGCAACCUCAUCAACUCACCCACCCUCUCACGACGCGCUGCCUGUCAAGACGAUGGCUACAUCUGCGACUUUAUCGGCUUCAAGACCAACAUCAAGUCAUCAUCGUCCAUUGCUCACAAGCAUAAGAUACAGAGCUUGUUGACACACUCACCAUUUGGCGUGCUACAACAGUGCAGCGACAUUAAGGCAAAGGACAUCUUUGUGUGCCCAGACGAUUCGAACAACAUGGCACCAAUCAACAUUGUACAACAAGCAAAGAAGAGGUCUGAACGCAAAGAUGCCACGCUGACCAUGCGACGCAGGAAGGCGCCAGCACUGUUUCAAUACAAGUAUUACAAAGAUCAGGAGCAACUCAAGAUCAGCGAGGCAGAGAAGUUGCAAGUCAUCAAGGUGAUCAACAACCCUUCCACUGCCCAGGACAGGGCCAUAGCGUCGAGGAUAUUUAUAAAGAUACUGUUGGAUAUAUAUUGCAAGAAUGGAGUGGAGGGCGAGAAGACCAUAUUGGCCUACUUCAAACAGAUCAUCGAGAGCCCAAGCAAGGAUACAAGGAUACAGUUGUUCAAUAUUAUAUUCAAUCUGGCCAUCCACGUCAAUAUCUACUCGGAGCUGAAGCUGGACGAUGGCUCGCAUGGCACCAUUGGGGAUCUGCAGAGCUCUGUGUUCUCGCUGCUGCGCGACAUCCUUAACCACUGCGUGGAGCACGAGCGCGACAACAAAGUCUGGCAGGAGGCCCUGAAUUGCAUGAUCUUCUUUGUCGUGCACCAGGGCGCCAUCAUCCGCAAUCGCAUGUUCCAGCUCAACUCGGGCAUCAUCUCGUGCAUGCUGACCUACGUGCAGGACAUCAGCGAUCAGACCAAGCGCAUGCUGGUUCGCAUGCUCUGCAACUUCCUGUACCGCGACGUCAAUCACAGCAACCAACAGAACAGCGCGUCCAUGGCGCUCAACGAGGAGGAGCUGAACGCCGUCGGCGGCAUCGACUUUGUCCUGCGCCUGUACACCUCGGUGCGCUCCAACGAAGCCAAGAACAACCUGUUUGUCGUGGUCUUUGACUAUGUGCUGCAGAGCGCGCUCAAGUGCCAGAUCAUCGCCGACACGCAGUUGGUCCAAGAGGCGCCGCUGCUGCUCGAGCUGUUCAAGCGAGCGGAUGCGCCACACUACUUUGUUCAGCUGUUCAAGUGCAUACCCGAGAAGGACUUUGUGUCGGACUUCUUCCAGUUCGCAUCGUCCGACGCUUCCAAGAACAACGAGGCUUCGUUCUCCUACGAGGACCUGAUCAUCAAGUUCUCGAUGAAGAUACACGAGCAUGCCGUGCGCUUCCAAAAGAUGGAUCCCUACUACGAGAAGUUUGCGCAAGAAGUCCAAGACCAUCCCGACAAGUCAGCUGCUCUCUUGCAGGAGUGGUUGUUCAAUGAGCAGGAUGAGACCAUACGUAUGAAUGGCGCGAACUGGCUACUUGUACUUCUAAAGAAGACUAUCAUCGACAAGGAACCCAUCAACUAUGCAUUUAACAUAUUUGUACAGCUUGCAUCGCAUGCCAAUCCACAGAUUAGAAGGCUAUACAUCAGCCUUACCGAGAGACUAUUGCUGCUUUCAAAGUAUAGAUUGAAGACUGGCGAAAGCAAGAGAGACGAGAUAUUCGAGUUGUUCAACGAGUGCAUGCAGAGAUUGAUAGCGGCGGGCGAGAAGGAUGAGUCCAACUUGCUGUUGAUCAUAGAUAUAAUGUUCGAUUUAAUAUAUACUAGGAAUGGAGCAAAGACAUUGUUCAUCAAGGACACGCAGCCAGACACAAACUACUCGCUGUUCCUCAACAACCAGUUCGUCAUAUCGAUUAGCCUUCUAAAGCUGAUCAACAUUGGCACGCUACAUUACAGCUUUGCCAACAUCCCCACACUGGAGCGAUACUACGAGCCGAGACUUAUGCUUUUGCAUCUCCUACUGCUUCGUUGCAGUGAUGCCGAGGACCUUGCCAAGAUUGGCGGUAUUGGAUUCUUCAAGAAUCUAAUGCACGACUCUUGUACACAGAUUGCAUACCAUUCAAGUUACUUCUUGUUGACACAAUUGGAAGCAGAGAGUCCUGAGCAAUACCGAAGCAUCCUCACAAGACUACUGUCAAAGGCCAGAGAGAACAAUGACGAGAACUUAAUAUCCAAUCCAUUCUUCCAGGUGCAGGGCAUAAUCGAUAUGACUCACAAGUGA